AAGCAUUCAAUCUCCCCGAAUCAUACUAUCAGCAAAAUACCCCGAAAAAAAAGAAGCUGAUCUCUCUAAGAUCGAAAACCCACAUCGAAAGAUCUCUCCUUUUCGAGUUUUACAUUCCGUAGAUUCAGCUGUUUUGAGGGUCGGGUUCGUUCUCCUGUCUAUCUUCUCUCUGGCGUUUGAUCUUCGGCAAUCACGGCUAUACACGGGACAUCACGGGGUGUUAGCUUUCAUGUCCAUCUUGUACGCAAGGGUUGUUUAAUCGAGACUAAUCCUUUGCCGCACGGAGGACGUGGAGCUCUGCCGUCUGAAGGCGGCAGCCCUUCUGAUCUCCUCUUUUUAGCCGGAGGCGGUUCCAAAAUCAUCUCUUUCCUUUUCCAUUAGGUUUUAGGGUUUAGGGUUUCUAUAAGACUUUUGUUUAUUUCCUUUUUUGCUGUUUCGUGUGGGGGAAGUCUUUCUGUCUGUCUGAGAAUGUUGAAAAUCAAGAGGGUUCCGACUGUUGUGUCUAAUUACCAGAAGGAUGAGUCUGCUGAUGAAUCCGUCGGCUGUGGACGGAACUGCCUCGGUGCUUGUUGUAUUAACGGGGCAAGGCUUCCGUUGUACGCAUGCAAGAAGCUGGAUAAAUCUGGCGCCGGAGAGAAGCCGGUGGCUUUUCUUGAGUCCCUCGUCCUCGGAGAGUGGGAGGAUAGGUUCCAAAGAGGACUCUUUCGCUACGAUGUCACUGCCUGCGAGACCAAAGUGAUCCCGGGGAAGUAUGGUUUCGUUGCUCAGCUAAACGAGGGUCGUCACCUGAAGAAGAGGCCAACCGAGUUCCGUGUAGAUAAGGUUUUGCAGUCUUUUGAUGGCAACAAGUUCAACUUCACUAAAGUUGGCCAAGAAGAGCUGCUCUUCCAGUUUGAAGCUGGUGAAGAUGGCGAAGUUCAGUUUUUCCCGUGCAUGCCUCUUGACGCUGAGAAUUCUCCCAGUGUUGUUGCCAUCAAUGUUAGUCCAAUCGAGUAUGGUCACGUGCUGCUGAUUCCUCGUGUUCUUGACUGCUUGCCUCAAAGGAUCGAUCACAAAAGCCUUUUGCUUGCACUUCACAUGGCUGCCGAAGCUGCUAAUCCUUACUUCAGACUCGGUUACAACAGCUUGGGUGCUUUUGCCACUAUCAACCAUCUUCACUUUCAGGCAUAUUACUUGGCCAUGCCUUUCCCAUUAGAGAAAGCUCCUUCCAAGAAGAUGGUUACUACUGCUAGUGGUGUGAAAAUCUCAGAGCUUCUGAGUUACCCUGUGAGAAGUCUUCUCUUUGAAGGUGGAAGCUCUAUGCAAGACCUAUCUGAUACUGUAUCAGAUGCUUGCGUUUGUCUCCAGAACAACAACAUUCCUUUCAACAUUCUCAUCGCUGAUUGUGGAAGGCAGAUCUUCUUGAUGCCACAGUGUUACGCAGAGAAGCAGGCUCUAGGUGAAGUAAGCCCGGAGGUGUUGGAGACGCAAGUGAACCCAGCUGUGUGGGAGAUAAGUGGUCACAUGGUGCUCAAGAGGAAAGAGGAUUACGAAGGAGCUUCGGAGGAGAACGCAUGGAGGCUGCUAGCAGAAGCUUCUUUGUCAGAGGAAAGGUUCAAGGAGGUUAAUGCUCUCAUCUUUGAAGCCAUAGGUUGUAGUUACCAAGAGGAGGAGCUUGAAGGAACCGUAGUUGAACAGGACAACCCUAGUGGCAGUGUUAACCAGAAAAGCAACCGAACCCAUGGAGGUCCUAUCACCAACGGGACUGCCUCUGAGUGCCUUGUUCUUCAGUGAACAACGGUGGCAGUGUGGUUUUUAUGUAUAAUUAGUCUUGUAUAAUAUGCAUAAAUAAGCAAACUCUCUUGGCAGUUGCAUUUGAAACAACUUGGUGUUUUCUUAUGAUGGUUAUGGGUGUUGUGCCCUAGACUUGCUUGCUCCUUUUCUGGUUGUAAGUUUAUGUUUUGGAUGAUGCAUAUGUUCUCCUUGCUGGUGAUUAUUAUUUAAUAAAUUCGAAUAUUUUGUA